CAUAGUAUUAUAAUAUUCUCACGCUAUUCACUGCUCUCCUAGCCUCAGUUCAGACACAGUGCACUCUUUUUCUCUCUUCUUGCUUGCUUCCAACAUGGACAUGAAUUCCUCAAGUGGUGCCUCCGGUUGGCUUUAUGAUUAUGGCUUUGAUAUCCCUGUUGCCGGUGCUGACUUCAUGGUUGUAGCAGACUCUGGAGGUUUUAGUUGGGGGCCUCAAAAUCACACCUUGAAAGGUCCUUCACAUACGAGCUUGGAAAUGGAAUACUCACUGGAUUCAACUGUUCUGGAAAAUAGUCCUUCAAAGCGGUUAAAGACCGAGUCAUGUGCAUCUGGCGCCAAGGCGUGUCGCGAAAAAAGGCGAAGGGAUAAACUGAAUGAUAGGUUUCUGGAAUUGAGUUCCAUCUUGGAGCCUGGUAGGCCGCCCAAAACAGACAAAGUUGCAAUAUUAAGUGAUGCUGCUCGAGUGGUAGUCCAAUUGAGAAAUGAAACCGAGAGGCUUAAGGAAAUGAAUGAUGAACUACAGGGAAAAGUUAAAGAAUUGAAGGCUGAGAAGAAUGAACUUCGUGAUGAGAAGAAUAUGCUGAAGGAAGAGAAAGAAAAGUUGGAGCAGCAAGUAAAACUGACAAAUAUACAGAACAGCUUCCUCCCUCAAGGCCCAGCUGCUAAAGGACAAGUUGGUACCCAUAAGCUGAUACCUUUCAUUGGCUAUCCUGGAAUUGGUAUGUGGCAGUUUAUGCCCCCUGCUGCAGUUGAUACAUCGAAGGAUCAUCUGCUUCGACCUCCAGUUGCAUAAAGUGGUUAGCAAUAGCAUCCACUUAGUUGUGUGUGCUCUUUGCUUGCGGUAUUUUUGUACAAGUCAUCCAUCCUACCUAUUGUGUGUUUUCUAAAAGUCAUAGGACAAGUGUGCUCGGAAACUGAUAAAUAAGAUAAAUUUGUGCUAUUGUUGCUUGAACUAUUUUAAGAAAGUGGACCAUGUCAUGGCUAUAAUGUGUGUUGCAUGAUUAAAAAUAAAAGUGUGUUUUAGUGA